AUGACCUGGCUGAUAUGGAAUAUUAGGGGUGUGAAUAAAGUGUAUAAACAGAAAGAGUUGAGAAAAUAUAUAAGGAUAAAAAAUAUUAAACUUCUGGGGCUGCUGGAAACCAGGGUUAAACAACACAGGUGGUCAAAAAUAACUUCAAAUAUUGCACCAAACUGGGGGAUAGUAAACGAUUACUCUGCUGCAGCAAAUGGGAGAAUUUGGGUGAUGUGGGAUCAAGGUGAAUAUAGUAUAAAUACCCUGAAGGUGGAAGCUCAGUUAAUACAUUGUGAAGUUAGAGAUACUUCUAAUAAAGUACAAUGUGUUCUAACUAUUGUAUAUGGCUUUAACACUGUAGAAGAAAGGAGAAGUUUAUGGUCAAGUUUGCAAGAUAUAUCAAUUAACACUAACUGUCCUUGGUUAGUUUGUGGAGACUUUAAUGCAAUCUUAACUACUGCAGAUAGAAGAAGCUGCCAUCCUGUGACUUUCAAUGAGGUUAAAGAGUUUGCAGACUGUAUCAAUUACACUUUACUAAAUGAACUACAAUGGAAAGGUGAAUACUAUACAUGGACAAAUAAACAGCAGGCAGGGGAAAGAGUCAGUAGUAAAAUAGACAGGGCUUUUGGUAAUCAUGACUGGAUGGUGAACUGGGGUCAUAUAGUGUUAGAAUAUGAUUUACCUAACAUUUCUGAUCAUGCACCUAUGCUGUUGACUUUACAAACUGUGAGCCAAAAGAUCAGAGUUCCCUUCAGGUUCUUCAAUAUAUGGGGAGAGCAUGCACAAUUUCUGGAAAUAGUAGAGGCACAUUGGAAGAAGCAGUUGGAUAAUGAUCCUACGCAGAAUGUUUGGAACAAGCUAAAGGCAAUGAGAUCAGCUUUCAGACAAUUGAACCAAAAGGAAUUUCAGGCAACUACAGAGAAAAUUGACAGGGCAAGUGAAGAACUUCAAAAAAUUCAAGUAGCAAUGGGAGCAAACUAUGAUGAUACUCUAGUGCCAAAGGAGAAAGAAGCUCUAAUGCAGUUAGAGAAAUGGAGCAUGGUUGAAGAAAGCAUACUAAAGCAGAAAUCUAGAGCACAAUGGAUACAAUUAGGAGAUUCAAACUCUAAGUAUUUUGCUGCAGUCAUGAAAGAAAGAUGCCACAGAAAGCAAAUCAGAAACCUCAAGUCUUUACAAGGUGGUCAACUGUUAUCUGAACCUAAUGAUUUGAAAGAAGAAUUGUGUCCUUUUAUAAAGGAUUGA